CGCUCAGUAAUUGUACCCGGAUAGGCGGCUAAGGUAGGUUCGCUUUGGCACUCUUACUAUCUUUCAACGCCAUUUGCCAUUUUGUUAUAAUCGUCGCUUCUGUUUUCAGAAUAAUAAUCUGAGACGACCAACCUCAGCCUCUUACCAUGAGUAAGCUACAAAGUGAUGCACUGAGAGAGGCAAUUUCCCAGGUGGUGAGUAAUUCAAAGGAGAAAAAUCGUAAAUUCACCGAGACUAUUGAGCUGCAAAUUGGAUUGAAGAACUAUGAUCCUCAGAAAGAUAAGCGUUUCAGUGGUUCUGUUAAGCUUCCGCAUAUUCCUCGCCCUAAGAUGAAAAUCUGCAUGCUCGGUGAUGCUCAGCACGUUGAAGAGGCGGAAAAAAUUGGGCUGGACUACAUGGAUGUGGAAGCACUGAAGAAACUCAAUAAAAACAAAAAACUUGUGAAGAAGCUUGCCAAGAAAUAUCAUGUUUUUCUAGCUUCUGAAGCAGUCAUCAAGCAAAUUCCUCGUCUUUUGGGGCCUGGUUUAAAUAAGGCAGGUAAAUUUCCAACAUUAGUGACUCAUCAGGAGUCCUUGGAGUCAAAAGUUAAUGAAACAAAGGCAAUGGUGAAGUUUCAACUUAAGAAAGUUCUUUGUAUGGGUGUUGCCGUUGGAAAUUGCACAAUGGAGGAGAAACAGAUAUUCCAGAAUGUACAACUCAGUGUCAAUUUCCUUGUUUCAUUAUUGAAGAAAAACUGGCAAAACGUGAGGUGCUUAUACCUGAAGAGUACUAUGGGGAGCGCAAUCCGCGUAUUUUAAAUUCAUAUAUAUCUUCCAUUUAAAUAUAAUCAUGGGCGAAGCCUCUUAUGUUAUGGACAUGUAAGCGAGACAUUAUUGGUGACUGUCGAUGCCUUUUCUUUGGCUUUUUUCAUAUUCUUUUGACGUCAAUUUUGAUGUCUUGAAAAAAAUUACCAGUACCUUGUUCAUUUGGUUUUUAUUUGGUGUGCUUGCUUUGCUAUUAACAUUUGAUAGGACACGUGGGUGGCUUUAUGAAUUGCUUUGCAAUGUUCAUACCAA